UCUGUGUGCAUCGAAAACAUCCAUUCUGACUGCUGACAACCGUUGUUCUUUGAAGAUAUUCUUUACAUUUCAAGUAAAUUACAAGAAAAGGUUCACGGAGCUUGUCAGAUGAUCAUAGCAGUACGUUAAAAAAUCAUAGCAGGAGAAUGUUAACACCUGCCUUUGAACUUCUUCAGGACAAAUCAUAUCUGACUCUCGUCAUCAAAGCGCCAUAUGCUAAGGUUUCGGAUGCAGAAAUCUUUAUUGAAGAUGAGGAAGUGAGAUUUUUUUCAAAACCAUACUUUCUAAGAUUGAAUUUGCCAGGGAAAUUAAUAGAAGAUGGCAGAGAGAGUGCUAAAUACAACUCAGAUGAUGGAAGUUUCACCAUUAAGAUUCCUAAGGCAACUGAAGGAGAAAUCUUUGAGGGGUUGGACAUGCUCACCAAAUUGUUGACCCCAAAAGGUCAAACUUCAGCAGCAUCUCCCCUCAUACAGGUGCUGGAUUCAUCCACUGAAGCUACAAACCCAGCAGGCACAGAGCUGGAAAUAGAUGAAGAUUUUGACUGGCACAUUGAUCAGAAGGUAUAUGUGGAGGAGGAACUACCUCUGGAUGCCCCAAAAUAUGGCUUUGGUAACACAAAAAGUGGCGUAUUUAAACGACUUCAGGAAGACAUAAUCGAUGUUGUCAGUCUCCGUGACCCAGAUGGCUGUUGUCCGACAGAGCGGAGAGAAAAACGCACUCAAGCAGAGCAGGACAAAUUUGACCCAGACUAUUACCUAGCAGAUUUGUAUGAUGAUGGCAUCGUACAAGACCUUAUGAAUUAUAGAGCACCAUGGGAAAAACAACUGAAGUCUAUGGAGCAAGUGAAAUUUACAGAUUCAGAAAACGAGAAGAUGAGAAAUCUACCAAAGAAAGAAUAUCUAUUAGAGGAGAAACAACUAAUAGGAAUCUACCUAGGCCUUGUGGAUCUCUUGUUUGCCUAUGCCUACAACCAUCGUUCUACAGAGAGCGAGAACAAUGUGGAGUCUGCCUGGACUAUCUGUAACCUGAGUGCCACCUUAUCAUGGCUAGAUGAAUUCCACUCCAUUGAAGAUGUGGUGGUGAGCUCAUUACGUCGCAGUUUGUGUUACCCCCUAUAUCGGCAGUGGGCCUUCUCCACUAAAGUGCUUUCAGACACUCGACACAUUCUAAAGCAAGGUAAAACCUACAUACUGAAGUGUCUGUUAGAGAUAGAAGACCUCCUCACUCACACCUAUCCUUACUAUAUUCUCAACAACUUGUACAUCACCGACUACUGUGUGUGGAUACAGACUGCCAGUGAUAAAAGACUGGCUUCUCUGACAGAUGCUUUAACAACAAUGUCUGUCCAUAAGGACAUGGUUGGACUUAAUUUAUGUGAAGUAGAAGUGGAGGCUGCAGAGGAAAAUGAUCACAGCGUGAAUGUACUUACAGAAAGUGUCUCUCAGAUUGGCUUGCUGCCACAUAAAGGUGUUCUUGUCUCCAGUAACACUAAGGAUAGUGAUGAUGACAGCACUGAAUCUGAAUCUAGUAGUUACGAAAGCUCAGAAACUGAUGAUGAAAGCACAGAAACUGAUGAUGAAAGCACAGAAACUGAUGAUAAAAGUACAGAAAGUGGUGAUGAAAACACAGAAUGUGGUGAUGAAAAUAAACUUGUUACUAAUAAUGCAGAAAAUGAUGAGGAUAAUGAACAAAAUAUCAGUCACAAGAAAAAAUGUGAUGAAGACACACAAGUCAAUGAAAUGGAAAAACAUGAGACAUUCUUAAAUGGGGAAUUUACUAAUUCUAAAGAAAAUAUAAAGAAUGUGAAUGGAAGUCAUGGACAUGAAGGAAGUCCUGUGAUUACUUGUGGUGUAGUACACACACGACAUUGAUAAACCGUCUAUACUGAUAUGAUAGAAUUUUUACCAUCUGUUCUAUAUCUACAAUAUCAUUACAUAGCUGGCAACAACUUAGAACCAGAGAACUGACAAAUGUCAGGAAGAUUCUGGUAUUGUGUUGGACUCCUAUCCUAAGAUUUACAUAGAUAUGGAUGUUUUGUUUUUUGUUGUAUAGACAAUAAUUUGCUUAUGGAAUACGGAUAAAUAGUUCAAAAUUUGAUCUUGACCUCUGACCUGACGACCUUGACAUGUUGUGGGUCAAUGUCUCAUUUCAUUUUCAGUCAGUAAGGCUUUACUAUACCAUGAAAUGUCUUGGUGAAAUAUUUCCAGUUUGACCUUGAAAUUUGACCUUAUGACCUUGAUCCAUGCUUAGAUGACUUCUCAUAUGAUUUCAAUCAGUGAUGUGCCAUAACAUCAUAAGUAAAUACUUACUAGUUACAUUAAAAUAUGAUAUAUUAUUUGCCAAGUAUUCCCAUUUCUAUUAAUGGUAUUGGUAACCUUGACCUUUGCAAUCUGAACAUGAAAAGCAAUUGAGAGAUACAUCGUAGCAUUUACUGCAAAGAAACAGUUGAGAAUGUAGUAAUCGUAAUCUUGACUUUAAUCUCAGGACCGGAAAAAAAACUCCUAGACAAGCAAUUCCUUCAGAAUAAAAGAAUUUUUAUACAACUACAAGCUUUUGAAAUUAGUCUAGUCAAGGCCGUACUAAAUGUGGGAAGAAUUUUACUGUCCGUCUCUUCAGUGGUGAAGUAUAAUAUACAUUGUCUUAGGUAUCUUUUUCUAAUUCUAACAUGAAUACUUCCUUAGUUUUUGAAGAUGUUCUAACCAGGAAGUAUCAGGUAUCAACAGGUUUUGAACUACUGCAUGAAAUAAAGAAGUCCUACAUUU